AUGAAUAAUAUAUGCUUCAAUGUGUAGUCACCUUCGAUUUCAAUAUCAAAUUACUAAUCGAACUACCAUGAGUAGAAUACGCCAUCCGAAAAGAGCUAGUAUUAUUAUCAACAGCAUCAAUAAUUGAAUUCUGGUCCUCAUCAUCACAGGUUUCAAACAAACAUAAAUGACUACAAUUCACCCAUAUUAAUCACGAACUCAGCUGGAAGAUCGUGCUCAAAUACAAAUAAAAGAGUGCAUUUCGAGUCAGACAUUAAUCAUUUACAAUCAGCUUAGCAAAGUGUCCCAGAUGAUGGAAGCAACGAAGAUCAUUAAUUUUAGGGUAUUCAAGAUGAUGUCAAUGAGUUUCGCUCUUCUCAUACAGAAACUAAUUCAUUAAGUCAAUCUAGUCAUAAUAGUCAAACUAUGAAUCAAUAUUAGCACUAGAAUCAAAUAAUGAUCACAGGGCUCACUAAAACAAAGAGUUAUAACAAUUGGAAGAAGGAAAAUAUUGUGGAUAGUAUGAUGCUUAAAGAAAAUUCAGCUGUAUUUAACUUAGUUAUUGGUUAAAAAUUGCCAGAGGAAUUUGCACACUGCCAAUCUCCAUCGCUUGAGAUCUCACCUAAAAAUCUAUAUUAAUAAUACUAUGAGAUAGGAAAUAAUUAAUCAUCUAACGGAGUGUUCAUUAAUCAAGCUAACAUUUCAAGCAUCUAGAAGCCUCCCCACCCUCCGGGUCAUCAGAAGAAAAUUUCAACUUACAUUUAGGAGUUUGAUGUGAAUGACCAUAAUCAGAAUUUAAGAAAAAGAAAGCUUUCUUAGUUCUAGAAUCUCUCCUAGAUAUCCAAUAUGUUUCCAUCUCCUUCGAACAAUAACAAUAACAAUAAAAACUCAUUGAUUUCAAAGGAUGUAAACAAUGAAAAUAAUAUCUUAAAGCAAUAAGUCAUGAUCUUGACCUCUUUGAUUGAGAAAAUGAGUGAUAAUUAGAACGCCAAGCUCAUGCAAAUGGAAAAUAACUUUAAGCAUAUGCAAGACAAUCUUUAAGAUGAAAUAGAGAAGAUGAGAUAUAAAAUAACCAAGUAAUCAUCUGUUGAUGGAGGCAUUGGUACAGUUACAUCUUCUUAAUCUUGUAUCUAGUGCUCUCGUGGUUCAAGCCAAGGGAAAAGUCCGAAUAACCUAAUGAUGACUCCACAUAAUUAAAACCUUAAUAGUAAAUCUAUCCCAGUUAGCAUAAAUAAAUUCUAGUAAAUGUCAGCUAACGUUAACAACACUUCAAACAAUUAAAAUGGAUAUACGACUCAAAGAACUCCCAAUUAAAGUUAACAGCUAUUUGAUCUAAGUCUGUCUCAAUAGUCAAAGUAGACUCCAAUUACCUAAAGCAAGCAAGGCAAAUAAAGAAAAUAAACUCACCUCUAAGAUAUAAGAGAAGAUUAAGAAAACUCAAAUCCCAAUAUAUAAGUUUUGCAAUAGCCUUAGAGUAUUCAUUAAGAUCAUAUACAAAUUCAAAUCCUUGAAGAACAUGAAAUGAAGCAAUACUUAUAAAAAGGAAAAAAGAAAAAGAAGAAGAAAGGGAGCAGGAAGUCUCAUGGGGAAUCACUUGCUCACUCAAAUUAAAUAAUGCUUGAGUCAAAGUAGAAUUAUUAUGGCUUGCAGACAGUCGAUAGUAUUGAUAAUAAUUUGAUAGGAACUGAGAUCGAGGAGCAAAGAAUACAAUUCUUUACUGAGGAGGAAGUAGACGAUUCUAAGAUUGACAAGAUUUUUUAGACAGAAGAGAAUUAAUAAAAGGAAGAGACAUAUGAAAUGAAAAUGCAAAUAAAAAAUAAGAUAAAAAAUGAUGGUUUAGUAGAGAAGCUAGAGCGGAAUGGAUAAGAGCAUAAUAAAGAGAAGAAUUCGUCUUGUAAAUGUAGUAUAUUUUGA